CAAAUAUUAGCAGAAUAGAUUCUGUCAGAAGCAGGUACAGACAAAAUACCUGUACAGAAUUCUAUUUUUAUAUUAAAGUUCAAAGGAAAAUCAAUGGUGCUUGCUGUUUGCUUUUGUUUUAUAAAGGAAAUCAAAAGGAAUUCCAUUUCAUAUUCUAUGUUCUAAAACAAUGCUCUGUUUGAAAGACUACGAAGACUACGCCAGGGAGCACUUAGAUCGCAGAACAUGGGCUUUUUACAGCCAAGGCGCAGAACGGGAAGAAACCUUCAAAGAAAAUCUCAGAAGUUUCACAAGAUACACAUUAAUACCCAGAAUGUUGCGCAAUAAGAAUAGAAGAGAUCUGUCUGUAACUGUCUUAGGAGAAAGGAUUUCUAUACCAGUUGGCAUUUCUCCUACAGCGUACCAAAGAUUAGCACAUCCAGAAGGAGAAAUGGCUGCUUCUAGAGCUGCAGGAGAAAUGAAUACUAUAUAUGCCCUCAGUACUGUAUCAAAUACAUCUAUUGAAGAAAUAUCAAGACAUCGGCAAUUCCAUUCCCCUUUGUGGAUGCAAAUUUUACCUCUAAAAGAUCCACGUUUUACUAAGGAGUUGAUUAAAAAAGCCGAAGCACAUGGUUACAAAGCAAUAGUAUUGACCGUCGAUACACCUGUUCCAGGUUUGCAGCUCAAAAUGUGGAAGAAUGGUUUAGCAAUGCCGCCACAUAUAAGUAUUCCUAACGUAGCUGAUGCAAUUAAGAAAUUAAAUGACGAUGCUGAGUCCUCCGAUCAUGUCCGUAAUGUGGAUUUCUUCGCCGACACUCUCACAUGGGAGGACGUGUCUUGGAUCAAGAGCAUUUCUUCUUUGCCCCUAGUUUUGAAAGGAAUUUUAACAGCUAAAGAUGUUUUGCUGGCAGUGAAACAUGGAGCUUCAGCGGUUUGGGUUUCUAAUCACGGUGGACGACAACUAGAUGGAGUUAAUGCUGCCCUCGAUGCUCUUCCUGAAAUCAGUGCGGCCCUUGCCGGAACUGAUUGUGAGAUCUAUAUGGAUGGUGGUAUUCGAUGGGGAAGUGACGUUUUUAAAGCCCUAGCUCUCGGUGCCAGAGCAGUAUUCAUAGGGAGACCUGCAUUAUGGGGCCUUGCUCAUUCUGGACAAGAUGGUGUGCGUCAUGUACUGGAAAUUUUAAAAAGUGAACUAGACAGAGUAAUGCAUCUAGUUGGAUGCAGCAGCAUAGAGGAUAUUGGACCACAUUUCAUGAAGAAGAAAGAAGUCUCUAAAAUUUAAAAAGAGCAUCCAAAAGAAGCUAAAUUUUCUGAAAUUAAAUUUAUCAAUAUCAUCUACAGCUGUGAUAACUUUACCUGUGAUGCAAAUGCGAAAGUUCCAGUGUAUAAACUGUACUAUUAAUUAAGUGUAAUAUGUUUACUUCUGAAACAAAAUAUUGAUAAUUUAGUACAAUAAAGCACAUUAUUAAAUUAAUUAUCUCAACUAUUA